UGAAGAUGAGCCAAUUUUAGAUCACAAGGAAUGAACAAGAGAACAUGGAGGUCGUGCCUUUGGUAGUUCUGCUGUUGCUGCUGGUCGCCGGUGUGCCGGCAGCAUCCGGAGAGCGGCCGCAAUUACCGGCUUCUGAGUGCCCGACGAGCUGCGGGGAUGUGGAGAUCCCCUACCCGUUCGGCAUCGGCCGCAACUGCUCCAUCGGCCUCAACUACACGGUCAACUGCCUGGAGAACGCCGACGGCCACGACCGGCCUUUUAUCGGUGGCGCGGAGAUCAUCGAGAUCAUGUUGGCGCAGGGCAAAGGGCGGGUGUACAACACGAUCUCGUGGAAUUGCUACGAUGAUCGGAGCCAGGGGACGUGGUCUUUCGACAUGAGUGGAUUGCCGUACAGAUUCUCCGACGCCGACAACAAGUUCACCGUCAUCGGCUGCGACACCCUCGCCUACAUCAACGGCACCCAGGGCGGCAAACCGUACCAGAGCGGCUGCAUGACCUUCUGCCAGAACGACAGCCUCGCCGACGGAUCCGGCUCCUGCGCCGGCAUAGGUUGCUGCCAGACCUCCGUUCCCCGGGGUCUCGACUACAUCGACGUCCGGUUUGAUUCAGAACACGAUGGCUCCAGCACGAGGAACUUCAGCCCUUGCAGCUACGCGGUGCUGGUGCAGGAGAAUCAGUUCAGCUUCCAGAGCUCUUACAUCACGACCACCAAAUUCUUGGAUGAGAUUUAUAUGCGAAGCGUGCCGGUGGUGGUGACUUUUGCGAUCGGAAAUGAGACGUGCGAGGAAGCCCGGCGCAACUCCAGCCGUUACGCCUGCGUGAGUCAGCACAGCGAGUGCGUUGACUCCCCCGAUGCUCCUGGGUAUCUCUGCAAUUGUUCCAGUGGAUUCCAAGGCAACCCAUACCUCUUCAACGGAUGCCAAGACAUCAAUGAGUGUGAUCGACUAGAUGCGUAUCCAUGCAAAGGCGAUUGCCACAACACGCUCGGUGGAUAUAACUGUUAUUGUCCGCAAGGUACAACGGGCAAUGCUGCCAGCACUGGCUGCAUUCCAAUACCGCGACAGUCCAUAGUGACAAAGGUUGUCACAGGUGUUUCUGGCAGUUUAAUUUUCUUGCUGUUAUGUGGUUUGUGCUUUUAUUUGGUUCAUCAAAGAAAAAAACUCGAAGAGAUUAAGCGAAGAUAUUUUGAAGAACACGGAGGUCUUGACUUAAAGAAAAAGAUGAAGGAAGAACAGAACCUUGAAUUUCGGAUAUUUGCAAUCAAAGAACUCGAGAAAGCCACGAAUAAUUUUGAUGACAGACAAAUACUCGGCAAAGGAGGUAAUGGAAUUGUAUAUAAAGGAAUUUUAGAGGACAAAUGCACUGUGGCUAUAAAAAAACCAAGGCUCAUCGAUGAGAGCCUAAAGAGAGGUUUUGGAAAUGAAACACUCAUUUUAUCCCGUAUCAACCAUGAUAACAUAGUAAAGCUCUUGGGUUGUUGUUUGGAGACAGAGAUGCCAAUGUUGGUCUAUGAGUUUGUCCCCAAUGGAACUCUAUCUCAUCUUAUUCAUGAAAAUAAGAAUCGCUCUUCAAUUUCUUUAGACAUUCGACUAAGGAUUGCGUAUCAAUCUGCUAAGGCUUUGGAAUAUUUGCACAUGGAAGCUUCUCCUAGUAUUAUUCAUGGAGAUAUAAAACCUUCCAAUAUACUUUUAGACAAUGAUUACAAUGCAAAAGUUUCAGACUUUGGGGCUUCAAAGCUAAUACCCAAGGACGAGCAACAAUUCGCUACACUGGUGCAAUUCACUUACGGUUACAUUGAUCCUGAGUGCCUUCAAACAUAUGAAUUGACCUAUAAAAGUGAUGUUUACAGCUUUGGUGUCGUUCUCCUGGAGUUGUUUACUGGUAGAAAGGCAAUUUAUUUCGAAGGACCUGAAGAACAAAGAAAUUUGGUGACAACUUUUGCUUUGUUCAUGGAUGAGAAUCACGUGUUUGAUAUCUACGACAAUCAAGUGAAAGAGGAAGCUAAUGUGGAAUUGAUUCAAGAACUUAGUGAGCUGAUCAAACGGUGUUUAUACUUGAAGGGGGAAGAAAGGCCUACGAUGAAGGAAGUGGUCGAGGAGCUGCAUACACUGAGAAAGUUCACGCAUCACCCAUGGGCAUGGGAACAAUAUGAGCAAGACAAUGUUGAGAGGGAGAGCUUGCUAGAGGAGAUCACAACUCAUGCUGAUGGAAAAGAAUUAAACAUUUUCUUUAGUUGAGACGCUUAUAGCACAUUGAAUGUGGAAGGUAAUUAGUUGAAGACACGGUUAUACAUGAUAUAUACACAAAAAAACAAAACAUAUUGAAUAAACAGCAUUAUAAUGUCAAGUAAGCUUGUAUGUGUUUUGUGUCUAUAGUUAAGUUUUGUGUAAGUUGAGUUUAUGUUAUGUGUGGAUUUUGCAAA